AUGGAAGAGGCCAAGCUAAUCAGAAUGGCAGCAGCCAUCAGUGAUUACACUAUAAGCAGUAUGCUGCGGGAAACUGUUCAUGGUGCAGCUGAAUCGAUUAAUCAAGCUGCCCUAUCAGUGCAAACCAUCCCGUGUAUCCCUGCACAUCUAUUGAACGAUCUUGCUAGAGCACAGCAGGCUUUAGCAGAGGUGGAACAGAGUGCAGCCAAUUAUCAGAAAGAACGAGCUGCUGACGUAGAAGAGGCACAGAAAGCUCUCAUGCAGGACUGGCACCCUCACGAGAAAGAUGAGCUCGCUUCGAACUUUAAUUCAGAGGCAUAA